AUGAACUCAAAUAAAAAUUUUGUUAACAAAUUAUAUAGAUAUAAUAGAAAAAAUGAUAACUAUAAGAAGAAAAGAAUUUUGAUAUAUGAAAAUAGCGUUUAUUAUAGUCCUUGUGAUUGUGUAUUAUGUACACAAUUAAGUAGUUUUUCUAUUAAAAAGAGAUGGGAUAAAAAGAAGAAGAAAAUAUUAAAAUUAACUGAAAAAGAGGAAUAUCUUAAACAGUAUAAAUAUUUCGAAAUUGAGAAUAAUGAUAAUACUGAUGAAUAUUAUAAAAAUGAUGAAGAAGAAAAUGAAGCUUCCGAUUUAAUGAUAACAUAUUGUGAUAGGCAUGUAAGCCUUAUAAAUAUUUUAGUUAAUAUAUUUAAGAUAUAUAAAAUUAAAAAAAAAACAUAUUUGAAUGUUAUGUUAAAUAUAGAUUACCUUUUCCUUCAAACUAUAUACAAUAUUAUUUUAUAUUUUGUUUACUUAUAUAUAUAUUACACGAAAUAUAUAUAUUAUAUAUUAAGAACAUAUUUGUUCCUACUAUUAUAUAAUAGUUUUCAUAUUUUAUGCAAAAAUUAUUAUCAUCCUAAUAUCUCUUUGUAUAAUUAUUUUGGAGACAAUAUAAAAAAGGAUAUUCUACAACAAUGGAAAAUGAAAAAAAAGAAAAAGAAGAAAAAAAGAAAGAAAAAAAAAACAUCUCCUUUUUUAUGUAGGAAAAAUUUAAAUGAAACACACAGUAAUUUGUUUAAUAGAAAAUAUUCAUAUAAAAUUAUAAAGUAUUCAUAUACCAAUCAUUCUGAUGAUGACUUAAUUAAAUUUUUAUUAUAUAUAUUUUAUGAAAAAUUCAUAAAUAAAUUUAAUAAAAAUUUUAAUGUACAUCAUCAUGUUUAUAAAAAAAUAUAUCAUUAUAAGAUAAAAGAAGGAAUGUUUCCAUUUUUGUGUGUUCAUGUGUAUAAAUGUAAUUACAAUUUAUUGUAUAUCUUUAAUAGAUGCAAUUUCAAAUGUAAAGCUUAUAUAUUAUUAAUUUGUAAAGAAAAAAACAGUGAACAAAUAUUUAUAUUUUCUAACAACAAAUUAUUAAUUAAGCAAGAUUAUGUUAUGAGGAACCUGAUUUAUGUAAUCAAUAAUAUUAGAAAAAAAAUAAAUAAAAUAAAAAUAAUAUAUCGUGAUACAAAAAAAAGAUGUUAUUUUAUAUUUUAUAAAAACAAAUGUGCAUCUUUUCUUAGAGCAAAUCAUAUUUUAAAUUCACAAAUUCAAGUUAUAAAAAAAAAAGGGAAUAAUAUUUAUUAUGAGAAACCAAAAAUUUAUAUAAAAAAUGAGGACUUCAAUUGUAAACAUAAUAAAAUAAUUUAUAAAUAUUACAUAAGUGUCUUAAAUAAUAUCUUAUGUAUAUCAAAAAAAAAUAAUAUUAUUAAAUAUAUUGAUAGUAUAAAUAAAAAUCAUAAAAGACCAAUAAAAAUAUCUAAUUAUAAUAUAGAGAAUGUUUGUUUAAAUCUAUUGUUACCUGACAUUUUCUGUAAAUAUUAUAAAAAAGGAGAUAAAAAAAAGAAAAAAAAGAGAAAAAAGAAAAAUAUUAAAAAAAUAAUAUUUAAAGAGAGAAAAAUGAAUAUUAAAUCAUAUAAUAUAUUAUUAAAACGUGAAAUUCUAACAUAUUUUAAUAUUUUUAAUGUAAUUAAUUGUGAUAGAUGUAUUAUUUAUCAAAAUAAUUUGUAUAAUAAUUUAGUAGGUCCAAUAAAAGGAUCUUAUAUGAAAACAUGUACAAAUGAUGAGACAAAUAGAAAUGAUGAAGAUAUAAAUAAUAAAAAUGGUUAUAAUAAUAAUGAACAUAGUAAAAGUAGUAAUGACAGAAGUAAUAACAAUAAUGGUAAUAAUAAUAACGGAUCAAAUAAUCAAAAUUGUAAUAAUAAUAAUAAUGAUGGAAAUGAUAAGGAUGAUGAUAAAAAAGGAAAUGAUAGAAAAAAUGAGGAUAAAGAGGAUGACAAUAAAAAUGAUGAUGAUAAAAAAGAAAAUAAUGAUGAUAAUAAAAAUGAAGAAGACAACAAUAAAAGUGAUAACAAUAAUAAUAAUAAUAAUAAUAUUGAUGAUGAUAAAAAAAAUGGUGAUGGUUUGAAUCCUUCCUCUGAUACCAAGAAAAGGAAGGAAAAGUAUAAGACCAAGAAUAAAAUGAAAUCAGAUAACACAUUAAAUGAAAAUGUAAAGGAAUUAUCAUUUGAUAAAGAAAGAAAAAGUUAUGCAUGCACUAAUAAUGAUUUAUGUUUAGUAAAUAACACAAUAUGUGAAUCAAAUAAAAAGAAAAAAAGUAAUAGAACAGAAAAGAGAAAUUAUAAUAAUGAAAAAAAUGAUAAGAAUUCAUUAAAUAGUGUUAUAGCUGAAAAUGCAUAUAAGAUUAUAAAAAAUGGGAGAUUAUAUAAACCUACUGAACCAGUGAAUAUAUUUCGAUCACAUAAUAAAUUUAUGUUAAAAGAAAUGAUGUGGAUGAGUAUAGAUUAUUAUGAAGAAAAGAGAUGGAAAAAAAAUGUUUCAAAAAAAUUUGGAUACUUAAUGAGUAACCAUUUUGAAGAAAAAAAAAAAAAUGAUAAAUAUUUUAUUUCUUCUCAAAUAUCAAAUGAUAUUAAAAUGUUUUGGUUUUUUAUGUUAAAUGAAAUAAGACCAGAUUUAGUUCCAGUAGAUUUAGAUCAUAAGAUUAAAAAUAAAAAUCACUUAAAGAAAGAUUUUUUGAAUUCUUUUAGAAAAAAUCUACAAAUUGAGGAAUAUAAUCUUGAGAUGAAUGAUAAUAAUCAAUUUGCUUUUAAUCAACAUGAUGGUAUAAUAAAUGAGGAAUCAUCUGUUCAAAAUAAGAGUGAGAAAAAUAGUUUCUCUAUUAAUACAACUAUUGAUGAUAAUUGGGGACUAUUAAAUAAGAUGAAUCAUCAAAAUGGAAAAAAUAACAACAAUAAUGAUGAUAAUACAAAUAGUGAUUAUAAUAAAAAAUGUGAUGAUAAUACAAAUAGUGAUUAUACUAAAAAAUGUGAUGAUAAUACAAAUAGUGAUUAUAAUAAAAAAUGUGAUGAUAAUACAAAUAGUGAUUAUACUAAAAAAUGUGAUGAUAAUACAAAUAGUGAUUAUAAUAAAAAAUGUGAUGAUAAUACAAAUAGUGAUUAUACUAAAAAAUGUGAUGAUAAUACAAAUAGUGAUUAUAAUAAAAAAUGUGAUGAUAAUAAUUUUUCUUGUGAUGAUAAUAAGAUUAAUAAUAUUUCAAUAGAACAUGCUAAUUGUAUUAAUGGUAGUAAUAAAUAUAAUUUGUUAAAUAUUUCCACAUAUAAAGAAUUAAAUGUGAUCGAUAAUAAUACUAAUAAUAUUAGUACCGUUUAUUGUGAAAAUAAAAUUAAUAAUAAUAAUAAUAAAAAUAAUGAAAAGAAUAACAAUUUAAAUGUAAUUAAAAAAAAGAAUAUCAUAGAUUAUGAAAAUUACGAUCAAAUUGUUAUGAAUAUAGAAGAAAAUGUAAAUAAAGAUUUAUUGAAAAAACAUAAAAUAUAUAAAAAGGAUUAUUAUACAGUUGAAAAUGUUCAUAUAAAACAUAUACCGUAUGAUGAUAAUAAUUUAUAUUAUAAUGAUGAUUUAUAUAAUUAUUAUCAAUCUAAAAAUGAUGAUGGAUAUUUAGAUUUAAGUAAUCAUUUAUAUAUUUAUUGUUUACUUUUUAUAAGUAUUUCUCUUAUUGAAAUGAAUGAACAUAUUAAUUUUUAUAGAAUUGAUAAUCACCUUCCUAAUGAUAUAGAUCACACAUUGUUAGAAGAUGAACCAAAUAAUAAUAACAACAAUAAUAAUUAUGAUAAUAAUAAUAAUGAUAAUCAUAUUUUUGUCAAUUAUAAGAAUGAAUAUAAUAAUGGAGAAUUAUUUUGUAAUAAUCCUCUAAGAGAUAAUAUAAAAUUUCCACACUACAGUGCAUUUAAAAAAAUAAAAAACGAAUUUGAAGAUUUGAGAGAAAUGAAAAAGAAAAAGAAAAUAGAUAUAUUGAAAAAUUACAAAGAUGAUUUAUUAGGUAAUAUAGAGAAUCCAUAUUUAGAUAUCAUAAGAAAAGGUAAUAAUGAAUUUAAAGAUAAAAAAAUUCUUUCGAAUAAUGAAAAUAAUGUGUAUGAUCCAAGUGUAAAAAGAAAUAGUAAUAUGGAUAAAGAUAUAUAUGAAAUUGAAAAAGAUAUGAAUCAUGAUGAAAAUGACAUAUUAAGAGGAAAGCAAGAAAAGAAAAAAAAUUAUGAAGAAAACAAAAUGAUAGAAAGGUAUUAUGAUGAAAUGUUAUUAAAGAAGAAGAGUAUAAACGAAUUAAAAUUAAUAUCAGAAGAAAUGUUAUUAUCCAAAAGAGAAAAUGACAAUGAUAAUGAAUAUAAGAAUAAGAAUAAUAUAGAACAAUAUGAUGAAGAAGAAAAUUAUAAUGGAUAUGAUAAAAUAAAUAAAUAUGUAAAUAAAAAAAUAUCAUAUAUAGAUAAUAAUAAUAUUGAAAAUAUUGAAAAUAGUGAAAAUAAAUUGGAUUCAUUUGUUGUACAUAAAAAUAUGAGCAAUAGUAAUAUUUAUAAUAUUCUUAGUGUACCUUCAUUAAAUAACACAGAUGUAAAAGACCUGGUUGUCAUACCCUAUUCAUAUGAUAAUAAUAAUAAUAAUAUAAAAACAAAAGAAUCAGGUAGUAGUACUAAUCAUAAUAGUAGUAUUAAUAAUAUAAUAUAUGAAAAGAAUAAAAAUGAUUAUAUUAAUGAAAUAAAAAAGAAAAAUGUAAAUGUAUAUUUACAUAAUAUGGAGUUAUAUGGAGGAAUACCAUAUCCCUUUGAAUAUAAAUAUAUUGAUGAUUUUUAUGAUGAUAUUAAUUUGCCUUUAAUGAAUUUAACGGAAUAUGAUAAAUACACUUUUUUCUUAUAUUUAUUUUAUAUGAAAAAUUCAUCUUAUAUAUUAAAGAAACAAAUGAAAAAGGAUAAAAGAAAACGUAAGAAAGAAUUCACUGAUGUACUAUUAACAAAAAAAAGAACUCCUAAGAGGAAAAUGACCAAAUUAGAAAACGAAAAGAAAAUAGGACAAAUAGAAGAUGCUGAUAAAGUUUUAAGUGCAGACAAAGUAGUUGAUGAAGAAAAAGUUUUAAAAGUUAUAAAUGAUCAAAAUAAAUUAUCAAAUGAAAUUAAUAAUAUUAAAGAAGUAAUUGUUACAGAUACAAAAAUUGAUAGCAAAAAUGAUAUUACAAAUGAUAUUACAAAGGAUAUUACAAAUGAUAUUACAAAGGAUAUUACAAAUGAUAUUACAAAGGAUAUUACAAAGGAUAUUACGAAUAAUAUUACGAAUAAUAAUACGAAUAAUAUUACAAAUGAUGCUAAAAAUGACGAAAAAGAUGGUGAUAAAAUUAAUGAUAAAGAAAAUAGUGGUAGUAUAUUAAAGACAAGUACAAAGGAUAAGAGUAAAAAUAAAUUGAAAAAUAAAGAUGGCUAUGUUAUUAAAAAAGAACAUUUAGAAGAUUUAGAAGAACGACAACAAAAGAAAAUUAAAAAGAAAGAAAUGGAAACUAUUAAAAAGUGGAAAGAGAAAAAAGAUGAGUGGGAAUUAGAAGAAACAAAUUUCCUUCUUAUAUUAACAAAAACUUAUAUGAAUUAUAUUAACAUAGAUGAAAUAAUUAAAAAGGAAUAUGGCAUAUCAUUAAAUGGCUGCAACUCAUUAGGAGACAUAAAAAAUAGGAAUGAUAUAAAUCAUAUAGAUGAAAGAAAUAAUAGUAAUAAUAAUAAUAAUAUUUUCAAUAUUGAAAAUAAUAUAUGUAAUAGUAAUAAUAUUGUGGAUAUAAAAAAUGAGAAUAAUAAUAAAAACAAAGAACAUGAAGAAAUGAAUAAAGAUAAUUCAAAUGUAGAAAAUAAAAACAUAAAUAAUGAUUUUAUAAAAAAAUAUAAAGGACAUGAAUAUAUCAUAUCUUUUAAUAAAUUUGAAACUAAUAUAAAUAAUAAGUUGAAAAAUUAUACUGAUUUUAUAAACUGGAAUAUUAUAUCCAUAGCCUUAGUAUCAUAUAAUAAAAUAAGUCAUGUAUAUGAAAAGAAACGAGGACCGAAUGAAUGUAAAGAAAAAUUUUUAUCAUUAAUAAAAGAUGAUAUAUAUAAAAUUACUCAGUUGCAAAAUCUGUAUCAUGAUUAUUAUUUGAAUAACAUUAAAAAUAAUAAUAAUAAUAGUAUGAAAAGAAAAAAGAAAAAAUGUAUGACCAAAUUAAAGUUCGUGCCAUUAUUUUCAUCAAAUAAUGUAAAUAAAUUAAUAAGUGUGUUUAAUAAAUAUAUGAAUGAAAAAUUAAAGAAAUAUGAAUUAAAAAAAAUGGAUAUGAUGAAUAGUAAUAACAUAGAAACAAUAAAAAUGAAAAAUAUAAAGAAUGAAAAAAGUGAAGAAAAAAAGAAUGAGGAGGAAAUAAAUAUAUUAAAUAAAAAUGAUGAUAAAAUAAAUGAAUAUAAUAAAGAUCAGUCAAACGUUAAAAAUGAAGAUAUCCAUUUAAUAAAAAAAGUAAAAAAAAAAUCUAAUAUUAUAAAAAAAAAGAAAAAAGGUUUUUUUCAUAAUUUGUUUAGUACAUUUUCUGGACAAAAAAGUCUAGAAAGCUCAGAAGAAAAUACAGAUUGUGGUAGGGAUAGUUUUUUUAGUUGUAGUGAUGUCGAAAUAUCUGCAACAAAAUUAGACGAUUCAUGCAUAUCAUUUUGUAAUAAUAAAAAUAAUAAGAAAAAAAGAACAAGAAAAAAUAUAAAACGUGAUGAAGAAAAAAAUGAAAAUGAAAGUAAUAAUGAAAGCGGAAUUGGAACUACAACAAAAGAGUUAAUAGAUAUUAAUAAUAAAAUUAAUGAUGAGAAUGAUAAUUAUAAUAUUAGUAAGAAAAGAAGUAGUAAUAACAACUAUUAUUUUGAUGAUUAUUUUGAUGAACAUUUUGAAGAUUAUUUAGAUGAUUAUUUUGAAGAUGAAUGGGAUGAUUAUGUAGAUGAAAAUUUUGUUUAUAACUCUGAUGAAUUUUUUGAAGAAGAUGUAAAUGAAUAUAAAAAAAUAAAUAAUAUUGAUGAAAAUACAAUUAAUAAUAGUAGUAAUACAGAUAUUAUAAAAAAAAAUGAGAAAAAUAUUAUAGAGCAUAUGAAAGAAUUAAAUAAUACAUAUGAUGAUAAAAAUUCUCACAUAGAAAAAAAAGAGCUUUCCAAUUGUGUAAAUAUAAAAAAUAGUACAAAUGAAAAUAAUAAUAUAUUAAUAAAUAAUGAAUGUAAAAAUGAUGAAUAUAAAUAUGAUUUCAAUUAUAUUUUAAAAAAUAGAGAUAAGAUAAAAAAAUGGUUGAAUUGUAUAUGUAAGAAUAAAAAGAAUAUAAAAGAAUUUAUGAAUAUAAUAAAUAAUGAUUAUUUUGUUAAAAAUAAAUAUUUCCAUAAACUUAUUGAAAGUGUUGUAAAUAAUGUAACUAAACAAGAAACGUCAUUUGCAUAUUCUAAUAAUAUAGUAAAUACAUUAAAUAAAGAACCAGAUUAUGAAUUAACUUAUAGAGAAAAUAUUAAUGAUACAAAUAUAAAUAAUCCUUUAGAUAAUGAAUUUAUUAAAAUGAUAAGAAAAAUAAUGGAAUAUGAUAAAAAGAGAAAAUUAAAAAGUAUACAGAAAUUAAAAAAUAUAUCCAAUAAUUAUAGUUAUAAUAAAAUUAAUGAAUUUUAUAUAUCCACACCAAGUGAAUCAUAUAAAACAGUAAAUGAAUUUGUUCAGAAAAUAUUGAAUUAUGUACCUUAUGUAGAUGAUAAGAAAAAAAUUAUUAUAAAAAAAAUUAGGAAAAGAUUUCAAUGUAAGAAUCUUAUAUCACAAAUUUUAUUAGCUGACUAUAUAUUAGAUAAAUUAAAAAAUUUCCCAAUUAAUGAAUCUAUAGAAUCAUCUAAAAAUAAUAAUAAAACACUUGAUAUUUUAUUAUCUGAAACACGAUUAAAAGCUUAUAAUAAAUAUAUUAAUGAACACUUUAAUGAUAAUUAUGAUCCAGUUAAAAUUGAAAAAUCAUUUUUAAAAAUGUUUUCAUGUGAAAAUGAGGAGUUAUAUAAAAAUAAUUUAUUGAAUAGUAAUAAAGAAGUAACAAAUAUAAAUAUUAAGUCUGAAGAAGUCACAUUAAAUAAAUCUAUCCAAGAAGAGAAAAAUAAUAUAUUAAAAGAUACUAUUAUUGAAUCAAAUGAGAUAAUACCGUCUAUUGUUGAUAAAGCGGUAGAUAUAAAUAAUGAAAAAAAUGAUAAAACUCUUGACAGUUCAUUACCUGUAGAUAUUAAUAAUAAGGACUAUAUUGGAUAUAUGCCUGUUAAUAAAAAGGAUUUUGUAUCCAUGCAAAAUAAUUCUAAUCCUUCAGAUAUAAUUGAACAGUGUGUUAAUAAAGUUGAAGUGUAUAAUAAAGAUGUAAACCAGACCAAUGGAUAUAUCAAUACCAAUGAUGAUAAUAAAAUGAAUAAUUGUGUAAAUAAUAAUAUAACUCAUAUUAAUAAUAAUGUGAAUAAUAAGAAUAAUAUGAAUCAUAUAAAUAAUAAUAAUAGUAAUAAUGUGAGUAAUAUAAAUAAUAUGAAUGUAAACCAUUUAAAUAAUAAUAAUAUAAACCAAAUUAAUAAUAAUCAUAAUAAUAAUAAUAUGAGCAGUAUUUAUAUGGCAACUGAUCAAAAUACACAUUAUAAUAAAAUGACUGUUAUAGAAAAACAUGAUACAAUAAAUAACAUAAAAGAACGUUCACAAUCACUAUAUCACACAUCUUUUCAUAUGCAAAAUAAUAAUACGCCGUUAUAUGAUAAAAUGGAAGGAGAUCAAAUUAAAUUAUCAAAAUAUAAUAAUUUAGAAUUUAAUAAGAAUAAUAUAGAUAUUAGUUCAACUAAUAACAAUGCAACCAAAAUAAAAGAUCAAGUAACGAAAGCAAAUAAUAAAGGAUCAACAAGAGGAAAGAGACAAACAUUAUCAUUAGUUAAACCAUGUAAUGAAAGUGAACAGGUUCAAGAUUCUUCUGUAAUAAAUCAACCAGUAAAAAAUGUAUCAUCCAAAGCGGAGGAAGUUAUUUUAGGUAAUAAUAGGCAGAAAUCACAACCAAUUAAAAAUAUAGAUAUUACAAAUAAAAUGACAAAAUAUAAAACGUCUGUUAGUUCAUCCAUUUUAUCUUCAGAUAAAUUCAAGAACAACAAUAUUUUAAAUACUGUACAGAAUGAAAAUGUAUAUUUAUCUAGUAAAUUUAAUUCCAAUAUGUCAACAUUAAAUAAUAAUAUGAAUAAUAAUAUGAAUAAUAAUGUGAAUAAUAAUGUGAAUAAUAAUGUGAAUAAUAAUGUGAAUAAUAAUAUGAACAAUAAUAUGAUCAAUAAUAUGAACAAUAAUAUGAACAAUAAUAUGAUCAAUAAUACGAACAAUAAUAUGAUCAAUAAUAUGAACAAUAAUAUGAACAAUAAUAUGAACAAUAAUAUGAACAAUAAUAUGCAUGUUGUGGAGCAAGGCUCUUAUUUCACAUCCAAUAUGGUAAAUAGAGAAGGAAAUAAUUUAUCAAAUGAAGAACAAAGAAUGAAUACCAACACUGUAAGUAAUCACUAUAAUUCUAUAGUAUCAAAUGCACAAUUUAUAAAUGAUAGAGGAAAUUACACAAACAGAAUACAAAAAAUAUUAAGUAAUAAUAAAUAUAGCAUAACUCCUAUGAAAAAUAAUAUAACCCAAGAAAAUAUGAAUAAUUGUAUAGUUAAUCAUCAAACACCAAAUAAAAACAUACAAGAAUAUUAUAUUCAAAAUGCAUCACCAAAUAAAUUAAAUAAAAGCAUAUCCAAUGUAGAUAUAAUGAAAUCAAAUACGUCAUCUAUAUUAUAUCCACAAGCACAUAAUUCGGGAUCAUCAAAUUUUAAUAAUGUACCUGAAUCAUUACAAAAUGUGAAUGUAUUGCAUGCUUCAAAGAAAUAUCAUAUGAACAAUUCCAAUGACAUUUCCACAAAUAUAAAUAACAACAAUAAUAAUAACAAUAAUAACAAUAAUAAUAAUAAUAAUAAUGUGCAUCAUAACAGUAUGAAUCAGAAUAAUAUGAAUAAUAUUAAUAUGAAUAAUAUCAAUAUGAACAAUAUCAAUAUGAAUAAUAUCAAUAUGAACAAUAUCAAUAUGAAUAAUACGAAUAAUAAUGUGAAUAAUAUUAAUAUGAAUAAUAUUAACAGUAAUGUAAAUAAUAUUAAUAAUUCUAUGAAUAAUAUUAAUAUUAAUAUUAGUAAUAAUAUUAAUUAUAAUAUUAGUAAUAAUUAUAAUAACAGUGUAAGUAUGUACAAUAUUCCAAAUAAGGAAGAUGAUAAAUAUAUAUCACCUAUACAUUCUUCAAUGCAAAAUAAUAAAUAUAUACCUAUAAAUCGUAAUAAUAGUAGUAUGUCUUAUAAUAAGACACCUAUAUGUGAUGGUGUUGAAUUACCAAUGAAACAAAUGUCUGGAAAUAUUUCAAAUAAUUGUAACGCUUCUAUGCAAUUAGAAGUUUCAUCCAAUAGUUCAUCAAAGAAAUUACAACAUGCCAUAGGUAGUAAUAACAUCAAUACAGAUAAAAAAUCCUUUUUUAUGUAUAUAGAAAAUAGAGCAAGAACUGGAUCAUCAUCUAUAAAUAAAAUUAAUGAUGAUGUGUUCUCUAUAAAAUCAUCAACCCCGAGUAAUUAUCAUCCGUCCUAUACAACACACCCACAGUUUAUAUCAGAAAGUGAAAACAAAUCAAAUUUAUAUCAUGACCAAAUGUUAAAUCAAGAUAUUAUAAUGGAUAAUAAAAAUGUACAAAAUUUUACAUAUGCUCCAUGUUCUAAUAGUCUUAAUAGUAAUAUAAAAAAUACCAAUGCUAUGAAUAAUGAAACUAGAUCGAAUAUCAUUUCAAAUUAUAAACAGGUCAAAUAUUCAAAUAUAAGUGUUAAUAAUACACCUAAUAAUAAUGCAAUGAUGCAAACUCAAAAUAUGGCAAUACAAAAUAAUGCAAAGAAGUCCUUAAACUCUUCGACUACACACCCAAUAGUAAAUAGAACAAGUAUAGAAAAUAUAGACUUUAUAAAAUUAGCUAAUGAUCCAAUAAAUAUUCAUAGAAACAGUAUGCAUAUGGGUAAUAUAAAGAAUGAUAAUAUAGAAGAAAAGAAAAAUGUUUCAUCAAAUAUAAGAAGUAUAGCAGAUAAUUCUCAACGCUUACAAAAUAUACAUCUUGCAAAUCAACAAAAUGAUAUGCAACAUAUGAAUUUGGAUAACAUAAAUAAUAAUAAUAAUAAUAAUAUGAAGAUGAAGAGAAAGUGUAAAAAUAACAUUAAUAUAAAUAAUAAUCUUAAUAAUAAUGGACAAAUUGAUAAUUCCUAUUUAAAUGUGUCCCCAACCAUGUCAAAUUCAUUACAACAAACAAAUAUGUAUCAAAGUGAUAUGAAAAAUAGUGUUAUAUAUAAUACUAGUAUACAAGAAAAAGAUCCAAGCAAUAGAAAUUAUAACACACAAGGAAAUAAUGUACAAACUAUGAAUCAAUCAAAUGGUAAUAUAUACAAUGCAAAUGUGCCAAAUAGGAAACAAUCUAAUUUAAAUCAAUAUGUUAAUCCUAUGAAUUUCUUAAUGCAAGUUUUAAAUAAAUGUAAUAGUAAUUCGAACGGCCAAGAUAAAUCAAGUGCAAGUAAUGUUAAUGUGAAUUAUGCAAAUGGAAAUAGUGCAUCCAUGAACCAUUCAAAUACAAACAACUUUAGUAUGAACCAUUCAAAUACAAACAACUUUAGUAUGAAUCAGCCAAAUAUAAACAACGUUAGUAUGAAUCAGCCAAAUAUAAAUAACGUUAGUAUGAACCAUCCAAGUACAAAUCAUUUUAGUAUGAACAAAUCAAGUACAAACAAUUUCAGUAUGAACCAACCCAAUACAAACAAUUUUAGUAUGAACCAGCCAAAUACAAACAAUUUUAGUAUGAACCAGCCAAAUACAAACAAUUUUAGUAUGAACCAGCCAAAUACAAACAAUUUUAGUAUGAACCAGCCAAAUACAAAUAAUGUUAAUAUGAAUAAUCUUAAUAUGAACCAAUCUAGUAUGAAUCAUACAAAUAUGACAAGCCCAAUAUUUAAUCAAUCAAAUUCUUCUAAACAAAGCGUCAACGAAAACAAUUUUGUACCCCCUGCAUAUCAUACGUCAAAUAUAAUUCAAAAGAAUGGAACCGCAGUAUAUAAUGAUAAUUUUAAUAAUCCUAAUGUGAUGAAUGUUGGAGGAUUAAAGAAUACUAUGACAAAAAAUAUUAUACAACGAGUACCUCAAAAAAAAGGAUAUUCCACUCAUGAUAUGAACCAACAAGAGAGAUUACAACAAGAAAGGUUACAGCAAAAAUGGGAACAACAAAAAGUUCAUCAAGAAUUAUACCAAAAGUCAUAUAAUGAUAAAGAAAAUGAAACUAUUAAUUCUUCUACCUAUCAAGAGUUAAAUAAUCACUCCUUACAAGAAAAUACAAUUGCAAAUGAUUCAAUGAGACAACAAAUAUUCUUAAAAACAAUGCAACAAGAAAAUAUUCCAAAAGAGUUGCAAAAAAUGCAUUCUCAUCAAUUACAAACAGAAAAAAUGAAAAACCAGCAAUUAUCUGCACAUUCAUUACAACAUAUGUAUGCAAAUCAAAUGUCAUCACAGGUACAUUCAUCCGUUCAUGCUCAAAAAAUUAAACAGCAGCUACAACAACAAAUGAAUCAUCAACAAAUGAAUCAUCAACAAAUAAAUCAACAUCAAAUAAAUCAACAUCAAAUAAAUCAACAACAUAUGAAUCAACAACAAAUGAAUCAACAACAAAUGAAUCAGCAUCAAAUGAAUCAACAACAAAUGAAUCAACAACAAAUGAAUCAACAACAAAUGAAUCAGCAUCAAAUAAAUCAACACCAAAUGAAUCAGCAUCAAAUAAAUCAACAACAAAUGAAUAAAUAUCCAUAUCAAGGACAAGAAAUAAAAAAGCAUAUGGAUCAGCUACAACAAAAUGUAUCAGGAAUGCCACAACAAAAAAUGCAGCCAAUUUAUUCUAUGAAACAAAAUAUGUCAUUUAAUGAAGAAAAUGAAUUAAAAAGAAACACAAGGAAAAUAACUUUACCAAUGAAUCAACAAAUGCCCAAUAUGCAUAAUAUACAACAACAAAUAAAUAAUAAAAUGGAUGAAAGGAUGUCAACAGAAAAUAUAAAUGAAAAUAAUUUAUAUAAUAUGAUGAAUAGAAAAUUGUCUACUUCUAUAAAUAAAUUUAACAAUCAUGAUCAGUAUUACACAUAUGAUUCAUAUCAACAACAACAAUUACAAGGAAAUAAUAUUAAUGUUAUGGAUAUUAGAAAUGUUGAUAAAAAUGAAAAUAAUAAAUUUCUAUUAAAAAAUAAUCAAUCAAGAGAUAUACAAAACAACUGUACAAAUAUUAUGAUGAAUAGUAAUAUGCCAUCAUCCUAUAUAUCUCCCGGACAAUCUUAUAAAUUAAAUUCUAAUCAAAAUAUAAAUCAUACGCAACAAAAAUAA